AUGUCCAACAAAACUAUGGUCACUUGCCACGGCGCCGUCGACGGACACGAACUACUUGAAGCUGGCUGCUUCUUGUAUGGAAAACCCGGCUCCAGAGUAGCCGGCGCCCUGAAAUCCUGCUGCCCAGAGAUUCGCUCGUUUGCCCCCCAAGGCGGCAACGGCUCCGGAACAAACUGCAAGGUCUUCUGCAACGCCCCGACUGCACAACAGGUCGAUGUAGCGAACCUGUGCAUGAACAAAUUUUACGACGAGCAUCCGGGAAUCGACACCGACGACGAGUACAACAAUCUUUGGACGUGCGAUACGCCAGAUACUCGCAGUGCAGCGGUUCAGGGAAGAACUAGUUGGGGUGGUUUGGUGGUGUUGUGCCUUGGUCUCUCGACGGCCAUGGCUAUGUUAUAA